UUUGGCCACCCUUUUGUUCAAAACAUUCCAAUUAAACAUUCUUCUUAUCACAUAAUCCUGUAACACAACAAACAAAAUGGCUGCUGCUGCUGCACCUACAGUCCCUGAAAUAGUCCUCCCUUCCGCCACCGGACAACGGAAAAUGCCGGUAAUGGGCCUCGGCACUGCGCCGGAAGCAACCAGUAAGGUAACUACAAAAGAUGCUGUCCUUGAAGCCAUCAAACAGGGUUAUAGACAUUUUGAUGCUGCUGCUGCUUAUGGUGUUGAACAAUCUGUUGGUGAAGCUAUAGCUGAAGCACUUAAACUUGGAUUAAUUUCAUCUAGAGAUGAACUUUUUGUUACUUCUAAAUUGUGGGUCACUGAUAAUCAUCCUCAGCUCAUUGUUCCUGCUCUACAGAAAUCUCUCAAGACUCUUCAAUUAGAAUACUUAGACCUCAUUUUGAUCCAUUGGCCAAUUACUACUAAACCUGGUGAAGUUAAAUACCCUAUUGAUGUAUCAGACAUUGUAGAAUUUGACAUGAAAGGUGUGUGGACAUCAUUGGAAGAAUCUCAAAAACUUGGUCUCACCAAAGCUAUUGGAGUCAGUAACUUCUCUAUCAAGAAGCUUGAAAAAUUGCUAUCCUUUGCAACCAUCCCUCCAGUAGUGAAUCAAGUUGAAGUAAACCUUGGUUGGCAACAAGAGAAACUGAGAGCUUUCUGCAAGGAAAAGGGUAUUAUUGUAACUGCCUUCUCACCCCUAAGGAAGGGUGCUAGCAGGGGAGCUAAUUUAGUGAUGGACAAUGAUAUACUCAAAGAAUUGGCAGAUGCUCAUGGCAAGACUAUAGCUCAGAUUUGUCUUAGAUGGUUAUAUGAACAAGGAUUGAGUUUUGUGGUUAAAAGCUAUGACAAGGAGAGGAUGAACCAAAACUUGCAAAUCUUUGACUGGUCAUUGACUGAAGAUGAUUACAGGAAAAUAAGUGAAAUCCAUCAAGAGAGACUCAUCAAAGGACCAACCAAGCCUCUUCUUGAUGAUUUAUGGGAUGAAGAAUGAAAAAUCAAUACAAUUUUAAUGAAUGGAUGUUGCUACUUACUCUGAAUAAAGCAAGGGUCAUCAUCAUAGUGGUUAUGAGUACACUUUGUGGAGUGGAGUUGCAAGUGUUUUAUUUUCAAGAGGUUUGAUUUUGUUCUAUGUACCGUUUCUCAAAAGAGUAAUUUUAAUUCUCGGAGCCUUCUAACUUUUCUUCCAUAGUUAUUCUUCUAACUUUAAUUUUAUGAGUACCGUUUCUCAAAAAAUAAGAAUAAUUGACCACUUGUAAAAUAAAAAUUUUAAUAUCUCACCACCAAAUACAAACAAUGAAUGAAUUAUUUGUCUUUCAUCAUCUAUAUUCGUAUAAAAAAUACUUGUAGUUGUCACCCAAUACAAUAAUAUAUUAUGCGAUGAUUGUCACUCUUAUGGGACACUUAUCCUA